AUGGUAUCUUUGUCUCUUCUUAUAGCAUCCCUCCAGGUAGUCUCCCUCGCAGUGGCUAGAUCGCCCACUGGAGGCUACGCUCCUGGAAAAGUGGACUGCCCCUCGGGAAAUCUUGUUCGUGAAGCCAAGGACCUUUCGUCGGAUGAACAGGCCUGGAUCAAGGAGCGGAACAAGGUCACCAAUGAGAACCUUGCUACGUUUCUUUCGCAGUCGGGUCUUUCCAACUUCGACGCUGCAAACUUCGUCUCCAACACGAAAAAUGGCCGUGCGCUCAAGGUAGGCAUUGCUUUUUCCGGCGGUGGCUACAGAGCCAUGUUUAACGGUGCGGGCCAAUUGGCUGCUUUGGACAACAGAACCACCGGUGCGCACGAGCAUGGGUUGGGUGGUCUUCUCCAGUCGGCCACUUACCUCACUGGGUUGUCGGGAGGCUCGUGGCUUGUGGGCAGUAUUGUGCUCAACAAUUACACCUCUGUUCAGAAUGUGUUGAGUGGUAACAUCCUGAUCUGGGACGUAGAACACUCGAUUGUCAAUUACGGUGGGUGGAACCCAAAGAAGGCUAUCAACUACUACAAAGACUUGCACAAUGCCGUACAGGCCAAGAAGGAUGCAGGCUUCGAGUUGUCAAUUACCGAUACAUGGGGCCGUGCUUUGUCUCACCAGUUCUUCCCUCCAGCCAAUGACUACAGUGCGUCCCUUUGCUGGUCUGACAUCCAGACCCUUGACGCUUUCGUAAAUCAUCAAAUGCCCUUCCCACUUGUGGUUGCCGACGGCAGAACUCCAGGCUCUCAAAUCAUCAGUGGGAACUCCACUGUCUUCGAGAUUGGUCCUUACGAAUUGGGCUCUUGGGAUCCCUCUUUGAAGUCGUUCACUAACGUGAAGUACUUGGGUUCAAAAGUCAGCAAUGGCGAGCCAUCCGGCAGCGAUGCUUGUGUUGCAGGCUUUGACCAAGCAGGCUUUAUUAUGGGAACAUCGUCCUCCUUGUUUAACCAGUUUGUGCUUCAGAUAAACACCACAUCUUUGUCUACUGCCUUGAAAGACCUUAUCUCGUCUCUUCUCAACGAUGUUUCGCACGAUGAAGAUGAUAUCGCUAUUUACAAACCUAAUCCUUUCAAGUAUGCGGAGGCUGCCAGUGUGCAAAGCAUUGUCAACAAUGACACUUUGUAUUUGGUCGAUGGUGGUGAGGACUUGCAAAACGUUCCUUUGUACCCAUUGAUCCAAAAGCAGCGUGGUUUGGAUGUUAUUUUUGCAUACGAUAACUCUGCCGAUACCAACCAGAGCUGGCCAAAUGGUGCCUCGUUGGUCGCAACCUAUCAAAGACAAUUCCUAGAGCAAGGUCAAGGAACCAUCUUUCCCCACGUUCCUGAUGUAAACACCUUUAGAAAUUUGAACUUGACUGCGCGCCCCACCUUCUUCGGAUGUGACGCCAAAAACUUGACAUCUCUUCUUUCCAAUACCACAAGCGCCAAUAGCUCUUACCUGGUAUUCGAUGCUCCAUUGAUUGUCUACACCGCCAAUCGUCCAUUCACAUACUGGACCAACACAUCCACAUUCAAGCUCUCAUACGAAGAUAGCGAGAGGAAUGGAAUCAUAAAGAAUGGUUUUGAAGUCGCCUCCAGAUUGAACAUGACUGUGGACAGUGACUGGCGUUCCUGUGUCGCAUGUGCGAUCAUCCGUAGAGAACAAGAGAGACAAGGCGUCGAGCAAUCCGACCAAUGUAAGCGUUGUUUCCAAAAGUAUUGUUGGGAUGGUACCAUUGAUGCAUCUGAACCUAAGGUCAACUUCACUACUGAAGGCACCACCAAUGGUAAUGAAGACAAUGGAAACCGCACUGUCAGUGCCGCAGCUUCGAUCAUGUCUUAUGGCCUGAAGUAUGCCAUUAUGCAACUUCUCGGAACUUCGUUCCUUGUUGUCAUGGCCUGUACGUUCAAUGCCAUUUAG